UUCCCUUCUCAGCUUUUUCUAACAUUGCAUUUCUGUCGACAUGGAAGACAAUGCACCAUACCUUAUUGUCAGAGAGAUAGAAGAAACGGAGUAUAUCCGAUUGUUUGCAACCAAUGUUCCUUCAGAAGCAAAAUACGAAGAAGACUCAAACUACGAAAUAAGCGACGAUGAAUCAUACUCAGAAGAAACCGAUUCCGAUACUGACUUCGACGUCUAUGAGUCGCAUUGGUUUCCAUCUCUGACGAGGACAUCAUAUAUUGAGUUUUUGGAUGACAAUGCUUUCGAUGAAGACGUGGGCAGCUUUGACAGCGCACAUCCUCCCUUUCAAAAUCUGAUUUCUGCUGUUGACGCCAUCAUUGAAGAACUGGACGACAGCGACUAUGAUAUGGAGGAUGCCGAUGAUUCACUUUCUGGAGUGUCUUCCGGAAUCAAGCGGAGCAGUCCGGACAGGAACUGGCCACGUAGACGUAAUAAGGCGCAAAGACCAAAUUCAGACGCAGACAACGUCGAAAUAGAGGUUCACUAUGUCCAAUUUUGACAUAGUGAAGCAGUCCAUGUGCACCACGCCAGCAGCACCAUGAACGCCUUAAACUACGAAAUUAAACUACGAGAAACAUAUCACUUUCCAAACGAUCUCGUCCAUGUUGUAGACGAAAGUAGCACACAUCAGUUAUAGGUUUGCAAAAUGGAAUAUGCCUGAGAAGGCGAU